GUGGUGUUCUUGUUCUUUAUUGAUUUUGACUUUUCUUCCUGCUAUCUUCACCCUCUUCAUAAAAAAAAAUGUUGAUUGGCCUAUGUGGAGCUAUUUGCUCUGGAAAGCAUACCAUUGCGGAGUACCUCAUCAAGGAGGAGGGCUUCCAGCUUCUUAAAUUGAAAGAAACAGGCUUAUCUCAGACAACUAAUGAGCUUGAUGGAGUCAAUAAUCAUCAAGCACAGGCCUCUAAAGGUGUGGAAAACGAGAGUAGUGCGCUUCCGCCCCUAGUAUUUGAGGAUGAUAAAUCCCUCUUAGACUUUGUAACUAGGAGAUGGCAAGGAUUAUGGGUUAUGACGGACAUUCAGGAUGCUACUAUCCUGCAUCGUUUUCUCCUGCGCCCGUUUUUCCUUCUCGUGAGCGUUGAUGCCCCGAUAGGCCUUCGAUGGAAGCGAUUUAUGGACAGGUGUCAGGCAAGAUUACUUGAUCCCCCGCCUCUUGAAAAAUUCGUGCUGUGGAACGAUCGGCAUCUUUAUGAAAAGGAGAGCGGACGUGCAAAACUCACUGAUUUAGCACAAGUUCGGCUGUUUAACUCAUCUUUGUCAUUGCAAGAACUGCAUACAUCUCUUAAAACCCUUGAUCUGGCUAAUGAGCAGCGCCUGCGGCCAAAUUGGGAUCAGUAUUUUAUGGAAUUAGCAUCUCUUGCUGCUCAGAGGAGUAAUUGCAUGAAGAGAAGAGUGGGAUGUGUCCUGGUUCGCGAUUUUCGUGUUAUAAGCACGGGAUAUAAUGGAACACCAAGGCACCUCAAAAAUUGCAAUGAAGGUGGCUGUCCAAGAUGCAACCGUGGUGAAGGAGGAGGCGUGGGCUUAUCUACCUGCCUUUGCCUUCAUGCCGAAGAGAAUGCGCUGUUAGAAGCUGGAAGAGAGCGCAUAAGAGAGGGCGCCGUGCUUUAUUGCGAUACGUGCCCUUGUUUGACUUGUACUGUCAAAAUUGCGCAGGUGGGAAUAACUGAAGUUGUAUACUCACAGGGGUAUAAUAUGGAUAGCGAGAGCGCCACUAUUUUGAAGGCCGCUGGUGUGCAACUCCGUCAAUUCUCUCCGCCUCGAAACGGACUUAUAUACCUUGAGAAGUCUGGGAGCACCACCUAGCCUACUAUCAAACGGUGCUUCGUGAAAUGUCCGAACGAGGAUGUGCUCUAUUUUACAUUUCAAGAACACUCCUGCUUCUUCGAACUACAACUGUAUUAAAGAAAUGCAUAACACCGAGGACAAGUCUGAAUUGUGGGUUGCAAUGUCAUGAUCAGACUUGAAAUGAUUUGAAAAGAC